UUUCCGUGAAAGAAGAUGAAUCUGGUUAACCUGUUUCAAGUUUUGUAAGGUAUUGUAAGCUGUUCAUAUCAUGUGUCAUAGAUAGCGCGAUUGGCACGUCGCUGAAGAUCACACAUCCUACCUGGAACAGUUUCUAAAUCUGCCUCAGGAGCAGUGUCUACAGCAUCAGUGAGGCUGGACUCAAUAUGGAGAAGUGUUCAGUGUGCAAGAAGAAAUUUUACUCAACCGAAGCAUUUAAAUUCCAUCUGAAAACACACACUGUAACUAACAGUCUGCAGUGUGUUGAAUGCAAGAAAACCUUCUCUCAAUACAAACACUUUGAAGUUCAUCAGAGAAUACAUUUCUUAGAAAAUCAAUUGAAGUCCAAGACACGUUCGCAAAUAAGCGAGAAGACUUUUCAAUGUUCAAUAUGUUUCAAAGGGUUUUCCUUGCUGAAGCAGCUAGAGGCACACAAGCGUAUACACGUGCUGGAGAAAAGAUUCUUCAAAUGCACUGUGUGUGGGAUCAUUUUCACUCAGCCUCAUAUUCUAAGGUCUCACAUGGAAAUCCACAAAACUGCCAAUUUGUUUGUUUGCAAGGCCUGCGACAGAACUUUCACCAAAGCGGAUGAGCUGUUGACCCACAUGAAGUCACAUCCUGUUGUGGUGGUCAGUCCACCGCCAAAGUGUGACCUCUGUGGAAAGUACACGACUAACAUGAAAAACCACAUGAAUCUUAUGCACCCCAAGAGCGAGGAGACAUUCAUUUGUGGAGUCUGUGGGAUGAAAUUCAACCAGUGUGCAAAACUGGAAGUCCACAUGAAGAUUCACACAGAGUAUCGAUUGAAGAAGUGUCAUGUGUGUGGUGAAGGGUUUAAGAGGGCGGCAGCACUUCGAAAGCAUACACUGACUCAUAUGAAGGAGAAGAUGUUUGGUUGUAAGAUUUGUGGACGUACAAUGACAAAAUUGCCAAUUUUUAUUUGUCAUGUGCGAAUCCAUACUGGAGAGAGGCCUCAUGAAUGCAAAGUUUGCGGGGAAAGAUUCCGAUUUUCCAGCACCUUGUUCUACCACAUGCAAGCUCACGUCGGAGAGAGGCCGCAUUCAUGUGCAAUAUGCGAGAAAAGGUUUAUCCAUAUGAGGCAUCUAACAAAACAUAUGUCAACAAUGCAUGUCAAAAAGACAAGCUCUGACCCAACACCGACUCAGGGUUCAUGGUGGCAAAUGCAACACAAAACAAGCCUUUAUUCCAAAAGUUUGAAAUUUACUUUGAAAAAAAUUCAAAUCAGUGAGAGAAAGACCAGAAACAAACAGAGACAUUCUCCAUGUUCCGCCCAGUGUCAAAUGUGUGAGAAGACAUUUCUCAACUUGGACCGUCUCAAUUUCCAUUUGAGAAAUUUGCAUCCAGAAGUGAAAUUUAAUUAUGAUGAUUCCUCUUUCACUUGUAUGCUGUGCCAGAGGACAUUCCAAACCAACAAGACCUUCAGCUAUCAUAUGGACAAGAUUCAUGAAAUUGGACGAGUGAGUGAAAGGCUGAAAGGGAGACGAUUUCAGUGUGACGUCUGUGAAAAGUUGUGUGGCAGCAAGGCAUCUUUGACCAAACACGCAUCAAAACAUAAAUUGGACUUUUCCUAUACAUGUGGCGUGUGUGGAGGACAUUUUCCUUGUUGUGAAGUGCUGACUCAGCACAUGGAACUGGAACAUUUUGAUAAGGAUCAUGUUGAUGCCACAGAAGGUGCUGACUGAUCAUGCUGACCUGCUUAUUGAUGUACCGUAUUCGACGUAAUAAGCGCCCCGCUCUAAUAAGCGCCCACGGCGAUAUUUGCUAAUAUAUUGGCUAGUGAACAAUCCCAAUUAGCACCCCUUCCGAUUGAUCAAUGUA